AUUUUUACUGAUGGAUUGUGAAGCCUUUGCUCUGCAUAGAGUUAUUAAACUUGCUUAAACUUCUUUACUAUGUUUUGAAUGGUUUACAGCAUUGCCAGAGCUCUAAAAGCAGCUUUUUUCCUAACAUGAUGUCUGCAUGUUAAAUUAAGUAUUACUGUUAUCUGAUUAUCUGGAUGCUUCCGGAAAAUCAAUCUAAGAUUUCUUAAGUGGACACAGCCCUUUGUCUUGUUACGAAUGCAGGAUGCAACACGAUGAGGUUGUCUGGUUUAGUGAAAUAGUUAAGCAAGACUUCUUUAGAGGUUUUUGUGUGAGAUGACAAAACAUCAAGUAAAGCAUCAAGACCAGAGAAGCUUGGAGGGGUAAAAAUAAAACUGAGUAAAGAGGAAAGUUAGUGAGAAAACAAGGUUACAGACGUGCCAUUAUAUCCGGACCUCUACAUGUUUUCACAGCGCGAAACUAGAGGAGAGAAAAAUAGUCAGUCCAGACACAUGGAUUUGAACAAGCAUUUCUGUGUUGCACUGCUAGCAGUGAGUCUGUGAUAAAGUUGUGCUGAAAGGAAAACCGUUUCUGUUUAUGUGUGUAUAUGUUUUUUGUUUUGUUUUUACAGAUUUAUGCUUACAUAUAUUCAUUGUGUAGCCUACUAAUUGCAUGGUCUUUGUGUGUCUCUAAGUUUGUUUAUAUGGGAGAGCGGUUGCUCCAGUUGGCUAAACUGCACUGUGCUGUCUGGAUGGAGCUCUGAAACAGGCAGGAAUUUCCCAUAUUAGACAGACAUCAGCUGUUCUGUUGGCUAUUAUUCAAGGUGCUUUCCAGAAUCAUCAUCAGGUAGCAUCACCUCCAUAACCUGCAACACUACUGUGUCUGUUUGAUCCAAAGGCUCUACACCAAAUAUAGAUUCUUGGUGAGCCUCUCUCCUUACUUAAAACUGUUCCAAUAGACAGUGUGGGCACAGAUUUGGCACCAUGAGGUUCGUUUGCUUGGUACUGACGGCCCUGUGCAUGGUGGCUGGAACGGGCAGUAUGUCAACCUGCAAGACUCUGGACCUGGAGGUGGUGAAGAAGAAACGCAUAGAGGCUAUCCGUGGUCAGAUCCUCAGCAAACUGCGCAUGGCCAAAGAGCCAGAAUCUGAGAUAGACGACGAUGGACAGAAGAUCCCAGAUUCCUUGCUUUCUUUGUACAACAGCACUGUUGAACUGAGUGAAGAAAUGAAGCUGAACACUGUCCCUCUGCAGGCUGAAGAUGAGGACUACUUUGGCAAAGAGGUGCACAAGUUCGUCAUCAGGCAAGCUCAGAAUGGCACAAAGCAUCAGAUGUUUUUUAACGUAUCACAGAUGAGACAGAGUAUUCCGGACUACCGGCUGCUGUCUCAAGCCGAGUUACGGCUUCGGAUUAAGAAUCCCACCAUGGACCAAGAGCAGAGGCUGGAACUGUAUCAUGGAGUAGGCGAUCAGGCUCGAUAUCUGGGCACCCGCUUUGUCUCCAAGGAUUUGUCCAAUCGCUGGCUCUCGUUUGACGUGAAACAGACGAUGACAGAAUGGCUGCAGAGUUCAGAAGAUGAAGAAAGUUUAGAAGUGAGGUUAUACUGUGGCUGUAAGACAGGCCUGCAGAGUACAGAUAAAUUCCUCUUCACUAUAUCAGGACUAGACAAACAGAGAGGUGACACUGCCAGUCUGGCAGAAAUGAUGGUGAAGCCUUACAUUUUGGCUUUAUCCUUGCCGUCUAAUGGCAACUCCCUUGCAUCCGCUCGCAGGAAACGAGAUGUUGGCACUGAUGUAACUUGUGAUGAAAAAACGGAGACCUGCUGUAUGCGUAAGCUUUACAUUGACUUUCGGCAAGAUCUGGGCUGGAAGUGGAUCCACAAGCCUAAAGGAUACUAUGCUAACUACUGCAUGGGCUCCUGCACCUACAUCUGGAAUGCUGAGAACAAAUACUCUCAGAUAUUAGCCUUGUACAAACACCACAACCCUGGUGCAUCUGCUCAGCCAUGCUGCGUACCUGCAGUCUUUGACCCUCUACCAAUUCUUUACUAUGUGGGAAGACAACACAAGGUGGAGCAGUUGUCCAACAUGGUGGUGAGGAGCUGCAAGUGCAGUUAAAAUAUGACUAUAUAACAUUAUUUUAUCUUCAGAAAGUGCUCCAUGGCACUAUCUCUCUCUGGAUGAUAAGUAAGCAAACACAAAGAUAGAUGGACACUGGGAUAAAGUCUCACUGGGAAGGAAAAUCAGGAGCUGAGACAACUGACGAGGAUGGGAAAAGGAGAUAGGAGAGUGGCAAAAAAUGGAGGGAAAAUGAAAGAAUAUCUUUGAAAAUGAGACUCUCAGCUAUGCCCCUCUACAAUGUCACAAGAGCACACAAAGACAUUCCGUUAAAGCAUUUCACAAAACGAGCUCAAUAUUAAACCAAAUAUAUGCUUUUUUUAUUUUUUUUUCAAUGUUUAUUUACAUUACUCAUACCCAUUAAUUUAUUGUGCUUGUUAAGUUCAUAAUUUGAUUGUACCAUGAGGGCAGCCGUGUAGCAUUGCAUGCCAAAUGUUCAAUGAAAAUAUCUAAUGGUGCUGUACUGAUAAAGGUAAUGUUGUCAAAGGAACAUCUAAUGUGUCAAUUAAUGGUAAAUACACAUUAAAGAGAAGUGUUUGCACUAAACAAUGGAGGUGAAGGCUCAUGACGUACAGCAUGUGGCAAGAAAGCUAUUGGCAUUGGAGCAUGCGUGAUUUAAAUGCUUUAAUAUUUGGGUGGUUUUCUUUUAAUGUGCGGGAUGGGUCUUACUGUUGUGCACAGCUGUGCUCUUACACCCUCAGGAUCUCACCUGAACAGGUUCCUGUAAACAAGAUCUGAGUGUAGACCAGGUGAGGUCUCAGCUUUUGAAAGCAAGAGGAACACUAGAGGGUUAGUAGGCCUACUGAAUGGUAAACAUUUCAAAGCUCUCAUGUGCUCCCCAACUACAUAUUGCACACUAUCAGGUGUCACAGGAGAAUGUCUUUUAUAACUUGCCUCUUCAGGUCCUCCUGUAGUCAGGGUCUUUUAGUUCUCAAAAAUAUCCACAGCUUUGGAAAAGGAAUGUGUUGGCCAAUCUCAGCAAAAUAUGUCACAUUUAAAGAAAAUAAAAAAUAAAUAAAAAUAAAAUAAAUAUAUAUAUUAUUUCUCACAAAUGUGAAUCUUCAUUUUAGGACCAUGAUUUUGCAUCAUGUGAUGUAAUAUAUUUUUUUUUACAUCAUUUUAGACACUGUAAUGCAUCUAGUCAAUUCAGUUAUUUUUGUUUACAGUAAAGACAGUACAACAAAUACAUAAAAUGAUUUAUUAAUACAUUAAAUUAAUAAAUGUAUACAAUUUAAGUAUGUUUUUAUUACAGUAAAAUAAUGUACUUGUCAUGAAAAUAAUGUCAUAAUACAAAUAAUUUUGUCCUAAAGACAGGCUUAAUUUUCUUGCAAAUUUUUUUUAAAAACAACUCUUCUGGUUUUGAGGUGAAAUUUGACAGAUUUGAUCAAAUUCACCCAUGUAUGUGCAAGUGUGUAUCUUGAUAGUGUUAAUGAGGAAUUUUGAGUUAGUAAAGAAAUGAUUGUGACUGUAUCUAUGUGUGUGUGUGUGUGUGUUCAGUUGUUUCCUUGUGCUGACAUCUUUAUGAGAAGCAUUAGUGUGUAUAUUUAUAGAAGCUCCAUGUUUUUGAGUGGUGAGAACUGUGUUCUGUGUGUUAGGUUAAAUACAAUGCGGCCGAGACUACACUGCUCGCAAACUCAAAGCACCCUUCAUUGAAGUAUAUGGCUAUUUGCAACAUCUUUCAACAUGUACAUACUGCCAUAUAACAUGUAUUGCAAGUGUUUUAAAUCGAUAUAGAUGUCAUUUGACAAAUAUGUCACAUUCAUGCAGUGUUUAUUAUAUACUUUUACUUUUUUGCACUUAUUUUGUGCCAUUGUGACCCAUUAAUUGUUUCAAUAAACAAAAUAAAUAAACAAGGCUCUCAAUCCA